CUCACUGCUAGGGGAGUACUCUAACCGGGCAGGGACCUGACAAGUAAUGAUUCCAGUGGAUUGAUCUCAUGAUUUGGAGGAAAAAGAGCUGAAUCAAUCCAUGAUUCCUCAACCAACAUAUUGGUCCUUCGAUUCCCAAAGAGACGGUAAACUUCAAAGGAGUCGAGCGAAUCGUGGUAGAUCUGUGUUUGAUGAUGACACCGGGGGAUUCGCCGAGUGGACGUUUGGGGAGAACAGGUGGUAUAUUUUCAGCGGAGAAUCCGAAGGCGCGCCGAAAGAUCUGGCGUAUAUCCAAUACGAGAAAAGACAAAUAUCGUGCCUCCAUGCAGGACACUACCAGAGACGAUGCCACGGCAAAUGGGCCUUCGAUGGUAGUCAAUGAUGAAGGCGAGCAAAUCCUGUCAUCCCAACCUUCGAGCAACAUCUUCUCGCUGCCAUCAUCCGAAAUGGCGAUUUUCACCGCCGGAUCGAAGCCCUCGUCGUCACCCUCAACUAAUGCAAAGACCACGUGGACGUCACCCGGAAGUGGAUGCUAGCAUGGCUCCAGCAGGCCCAAGACGUGUACCCUGGCAUAUCCCACUUGUGCGUGAGGGAACCAUCAAGUUCUCACACUUCGAGGCCACUUCCAUCAACAUAA